AUUCCUCGAGCGUCACUCUUCAAUAGUCCACACAGUCUUUCCACAUUAUUCCAUUCCGUUCGUUCACUCCGUCGACUGUUUCCUGAAUUCCGACGUCCCUCAUUCCCCACCAUUCUUCUCUUUUUUAUCCUUCACACACUCCCAGAAUCAUCCGAUUGCCACCACCGUAACUGAACUAACAAGAACUAUAAAUAAAUGACUUCCGCGUUCCAAACUUCCUACUCCCCACUCCCCUACUUCCUUCGCACGGGCCUAUUCUCUCCUUCACCAACUCCACGCCUUUCUGUUUCCUUCCCUUCCUCUUACACCCGCACGUGCCAAUCCCACCCACGCUUCAUGUCGACACCCGCCAAUGCGUCUGCCUCGACCACCUCCGACGUACGUGCGUUGCAGGAUGGAAUAGCGGAGUUUUACGACGAGUCGUCUGGUCUUUGGGAGGACGUUUGGGGUGACCAUAUGCACCAUGGCUUUUACGACCCGGAUUCGAAUGUUUCUGGUUCAGAUCAUCUAUCCGCUCAGAUCCGAAUGAUCGAAGAAUCGCUCCGCUUCGCUGGAAUAUCGGAGGACCCAGCAAAGUGGCCCAAGAGAUUGGUUGAUGUUGGGUGUGGGAUAGGAGGCAGCUCUAGAUACCUAGCAAGGAAAUAUGGGGCAAAAUGCCAAGGCAUUACUUUGAGCCCUGUUCAAGCUGGAAGGGCCAAUGUUCUUGCUAAAGCUGAAGGACUAGCUGACAUGGUUUCUUUUCAAGUUGCAGAUGCUUUGAAGCAACCAUUCCCUGAUGGGCAAUUUGAUCUAGUUUGGUCUAUGGAAAGUGGAGAACACAUGCCUGAUAAAGCUAAGUUUGUAAAUGAGUUGGUGCGAGUUGCAGCUCCUGGAGGCACAAUAAUAAUAGUUACAUGGUGCCAUAGGGAUCUUGGUCCCCAUGAAGAGUCUUUGCAGCCAUGGGAGAAAAAGCUGUUAAACAGGAUAUGUAAUGCUUACUAUUUACCAGAGUGGUGUUCUACUGCAGAUUAUGUCAAAUUACUUCAGUCCCUAUCUCUCCAGGAUAUAAAGGCUGCUGAUUGGUCUCAGCAUGUUGCCCCAUUUUGGCCAGCAGUGAUACGCUCAGCAUUAACAUGGAAGGCCUUCAUAUCGCUGCUACGUAGUGGAUUAAAAACCAUAAGAGGUGCGUUGGUGAUGCCAUUGAUGAUAGAAGGGUACCAGAAGGGUGUGAUCAAGUUCGCCAUCAUUACCUGCCGGAAACCUGAGUAAAUCACUAGGAUAACCAAAUGUUAUCUGUUUGACAAAGUACUAGAUUCUUAGUUUCAGUUAUCAAAGUUCAAAUCCUUACGAUCUCAUAUAUAUAUAUACAUACAUAUAUAUAUAUAUAUAUAUAUAUAUAUAUAUAUAAGAUAACCAAAUGCUUGGAGUGUAUUGAUUAUGCUGCAUUCAAUCUUGGUAGAUGGUGGAGGAGGAUGGUGCAUUAUCUGAAACAUCCAAUAUUUUACAGCGGUCAUAAUUCAACUUGAAAGUCAUGGUAGGGGUGUUUCUGUCACCCCAAUUGUUUACAUUACAAGUUUACAAAAAAGUGAGAUUCAAAUAUUGUAAUAUUUUCAUCGAUAAUAAAAACUUCAUUCAGGCUUUUUUUUUUUCUACCUCGUGCGGUCUGUACCUUAAUAGAAUCUCCCGAGAAAAAUUGUCGUCUUAAUCAGUUUAUUUUGGAGCUAUGGGACUAGUGGUCCUCUAAGUUUAAGUGGGGGAAGGAUUUUCAACUUAUA